AUGACGUCUUAUGCUAUGCCAAGAAGCUAUUCUCAAGUGCCAGAGGAAUUAAGUUCCCAGGAUCAAUCAAGGGACUACUACGAACCAUUGAACGCAAUAUUACAUAGACUCAGAGAACUCAUAUUGAUGCAACCACAUUCUCUAAGGGAGACAAUUCGGUACACUCAAAUCACUCCGACUACGCCCAUACCCAUAGCAAUGAAAAAACGUAGCCGUCUGUCCAUCAAUCAAGAACUUAAGUCCUUAGCCAAUCUUCUUGUAUUGCGCGAAAACAAGCGGAGAGAAGCCCAAAAAACAAAACUUCGAUCCAAAUUGUUAUCUAUUGGUAAACGAAGUAUGCCCCAAAAUCAAGACCGAGAUCAUGUUAUCGAAGAAACGCCAGUGUCAGAUAGGGACAUGUUUUUAACAGAAUUAUUUGCGGAAAUAAGUGAACAGGAAAUGACGUAUGUGCUUGGCCAGGUUUUAGGAAGUGAAAUAGCUGCUAAGGGAGGUAAUGAAUACCAAGGACAAGAACGUUUACCCUAUGAGAUAUAA